CCGUGAAUAUCUGAGCAGUCUUGAAUGUGCGUGUUUGUGUCUUGUACGCGGGAUAUUCACCUGCACUAAUAGCUCCAGGGAUUACCAUUUAUCUGUAAUAUUUCGCCAAAUAUAAUUAGAAUAAUCUGUCGUGCUGUCGCUGAAGCAGUCAUUAGGAAUAUAUUCAAGAACCUGCGCUCACUGUGUCUUCAUGUCAACAUUUAUUUGUUCGUUUGUGGGGGGCGUGGCCAUAACAGCAUGUAGAGAAUGACAUCAGGUAGAGAAAUAGAGUCGAUUUCAAUCAUCUUCUGACACCACCCACUUCCCCUCCUGCUGAGUUCACCCUGUUAGGUGUGUGAUGAGCGGCAUCUCGUGUGCCAGUGUGAUACAGAGUUUUGUAGAAGAGGGCGGGACUAGUGUGUUAACAACAGCUCCUCCCUCAUUACCUGACCACGCCCCCAGAAAUGCUCCAGCCCCUCCGCCUGCUCCACCCUUGCCCGUUGCUGUGGAAAACCCCACGCAGAGGAAGAGGAGGGUGCGAAGUUUCUACUGGAAGCCGAUUCCAGAGGAGCGCGUUAAACAACAUGACGGGCGAAACAUCUGGACGCUCGGACGCCACAGCAGAGAACCGUUGUUCCGCAUCGAUGUCAGAGCCAUCGAGGAACUGUUCGGACAACAUGACGACAUGCUGUCGCCCACGGCAACCAGCAUCAAGAGACCCGUUUCUGUGAAAGAUGUCAGAGAGCAGAUAGCCAUCCUGGACUCCAAGAGAAGCAUGAAUAUCUCCAUUUUCAUUAAACACUUCAAAAAGUCCAGUGAAUGUCUUGUGGAUGAUAUUCAUCGUGGUAACAGUGAUGUGUUCAGUGUGGAGUCUUUGAGAGAGCUGCUGAAACUCCUGCCAGAUGAUGACGAGGUGAAGAAACUCAAGAUGUUCAAUGGAGAUCCUAAACACCUGACAGAAGCUGAUGCUUUCAUAUACCAGCUCAUCCAUGUGCCCAGGUAUGAAGUCCGUAUAGAAGCUCUGCUGUUAAAGGAAGAGUUUAACCCCUCAUUUACAUCUAUGAAACAUGAUAUCAACAUCAUUCUGGCUGCUAUUAAAGAGUUGUUGAACUGUGAGGAGCUACACAGUGUGCUUCAUUUAGUGCUACAAGCAGGAAAUAUCAUGAAUGAUGGUGGAUAUGCUGGGAAUGCAGUGGGGUUCAAACUCUCUUCUCUACUCUCAUUGGCUGAUACUAAAGCAAACAAACCCAGAAUGAACCUGCUACACUUUGUCGCUUUGGAAGCUGAGAAGAAAGAUCUGUUGAUGUUUCCAGAGAAACUUCUUCAUGUUGAGAAUGCAUCACGUGUGUGUGUUGACAGUAUUCAUGUCGAGUUGAGCGCUCUGAGCAGCAGAAUUCAUCAGAUGGAGGAAAACAUCCACACAGAUCAUGAGCUACUGAUACAGCUGCAGGCAUUCCUACAGAGUGCUGGUGAAUCUCUGGUGAAUUUGAGGGUCAGUCUUGAUGAAAUGGUGAAUGAAGGAAACACACUGAUUGAUUUCUUUUGUGAAGACAAAGAAACUUUCAAACUGGACGAGUGUUUCCAAAUCUUCCAGAAUUUCUGCUCCAAAUUCAGGAAAGCAGUUCAGGAGAACGUGGAGCGAGGGAUGUGGGAGGAGUCUCGGCGCAAGCGUCUCCAAGAGUUGGAGAACAAGCGUCACUCGUGGGCGGGGCAUGAGGGAAAGGGCGGAGUCUUCGGCCUUUGCUCCAGUAGUGAGGCAGAUAUGGAGGCGGCUUUAAAGAGGGAGGGGCUUCUGGAUCUACUCCAGACGAACCCGCAAAGUCCACUGUGUCGCUUUGGGAGUGUCCGUCGGUCAUGGCAACACAAAGUCAAAACCAAAUCGGCAAACCACCACAACAUGAACAUUGCACUCAUACUUCCUCCGAUACACACUCUCUCCAUCGCACACUCUACUAUAAACACUGCUUCAAACUCACACUUUAUUAAUGACGCCAACAUAAACACACACUCAAACACCAGCGCUCUUGGCGACAAUGGAAACCACACUCACAACAGUAUUCCCAAUUGCAAAUCUGACCAGGACUACAAAACAUCGUCGAACUUGGAGCCAGAGAACCAAAAUAAGAUAAAGGAAACACAAGAAGACAACCUUCAAACACAAACAAAGCCUCAGGACACUCCAAACUUGACAUCUGACCCAUCACAAGCUGGCCUAAACCAAUCAGAAAGCCCACCUAGAGAUGAUGAAAGUGUCCAUUCCAACUCUCAACAUACAAAAGACCUUCUAGAAUCCCUCAAAACCAGCAGUAGACCUUCUCAAUUGGUCCAAACAAGCACUAGUAGAUCUUCCACCAAAACACUUGGAUCUAAACACAAAUCAUCUGCUAACUCACUUUCUACGUCCAAACCUUCUUCUACGAAAUCACCUUCUACAUCCAAACCUUCGUCUACGAAAUCACCUUCUACGUCCGAACCUUCUACUAAAUCACUUUCAACGUCCAGACCUUCUUCUACGAAAUCACCUUCUACAUCCAAACCUUCUUCUACGAAAUCACCUUCUACAUCCAAACCUUCUUCUACGAAAUCACCUUCAAUGUCCAAACCUUCGUCUACGAAAUCACCUUCUACGUCCAAACCUUCUUCUAUGAAAUCACCCUCUACGUCCAAACCUUCUUCUAUGAAAUUACCUUCUACGUCCAAACCUUCUUCUACGAAAUCACCUUCUACAUCCAAACCUUCUGCUACGAAAUCACCUUCUACGUCCAAACCUUCUUCUGUGAAAUCACCUUCUAUGUCCAAACCUUCUUCUGUGAAAUCACCUUCUAUGUCCAAACCUUCUUCUAUGAAAUCACCUACGUCUAAACCUCCUUCUACGAAAUCACCUUCUACAUCCAAACCUUCCUCAUCUUCUACUAAACCGAAGUCCUUUCCACAGGGCUCCAUUCGCACUCUGACCUCCUCUGAGACACAAAGUUUGAGGAAAUUUGUUCCUAUCAGUCAUCUCAGUUCUUCUGGCCCACAAAAUCAAGAACACAAAGUUCUGAGUCGAAGUUCCCUCAAUAGUUCCAGUGCCAAAAAGCGACAAGCGGUUCGACCGCCACCAGAGGAGAAGAUGUGUCGCUCUACGUUACGUGCCCUCGCCACUCCUAUCCCUCAAAACUCCACAAACAAAUCCGCAAACAAACCCGCCCCCAGCUUCGCACGCAACACUGUUGCAUCCACCACACGUCAUGCAGUCGUUCCUGGAAACCCGUCGGCUGGAAGACCUGCACUGACCCGCACAGCAUCACUCAGACUUUCUCAGGCUCUUGGGAAACAGCAGACUCCCGCGAGCAUGCUCAGUAGAGCCAGAAGUAUUCAUCUGACGCCCCCUGCUGGCCAUCUGAGGAAGAGCAGCAGCAGUGCCAUCUCUGAAAACUCUGUCUUUUCACGUGAAUUACAUAUAAAAUCUGUGAAGCAAGUCUGGAGAUAGAAAGAGCAACCUGGUCUCAUAGAAUCAAAUUACUAUGAAUUUUAUGUGUCUCAUUGUCGUAUCGUGGCAGUUUCCUGUUUGAAAUGAACACUAGAGGCGCUACAACAACAAUGACUUUUAUUCACUUCCACACAAAUCACGAAUAAAAUGGCUUAUUAUUAGUCCAUAAUCACUUUUCGCUCCGUUCCUCACACAGUGCUAUCUUAUGACAUCUAAACACCUUUACUAUAGCGCAUGACUUAUUUUAAUAUUUGUAUUACAUAACCAAAUACAUUAACAAGCUUGUUCGAGUGUGAUCAAAUUGCCCCGUAGCUCAACUGAUAGAGCAUUGCACUUGUGAUGUAAAGGAGCAGGGGUACGAGUCCUGAAGAGCAUGCGAGUCGACACGUGAGCCCAAAGUGUCAUAAAAGCACCACGAAAUGACGUGAAUUGUGUUUUUCAUCAGGUUUAAGGUUUAGGGUAGGGAGGUCGAUUUUGUUGAUUAAAAACCUCCCUUUAACUCGCUUUUAGUGCCACUCAGUGGGCAUAUCACCUCUGAACUGAUGUGAUGCGCGCAAUGAACUGCUUAAUGUCAUUUUGCAAAAAACCCUUCUUCUAAGAAAUCACCUUCUACACCCAAACAUUCCUCAUCUCCUACUAAACCAAAGUCCUCUCCACAGAGCUCCAUUCACACUCUGACCUCCUCUGAGACACAAAGUUUAAGGAAGGUUUUUCCUGUCAGUCGUCUCAGUUAUGCAAGCAAUCAAUAAUACUAAUCAGAUGUUUCUAUUUUUUAUUGAUUUAUCAUGUAUUGUGACAUUAUUAACUGUCCUGGAAAAUAAAUAUUUCAACACAUAAUUAAUUGUGUAUCUUGGUAAUAUAUUUUAAUUAAUUUUAUAAUAAAUAUUAAUUUUAAACUAUAUAUAGUUUUGAUCACAAUCAAUUAGACAUUGUUUUUAGAAAUUAAUCAUACAAUGGAAUCAAAUUCUAAACUGUUUGAGAUGGGAUAUUAUACAUGUUUUCUUAUUUGUUUUAUUUAAUUUGAAGGAAAUAUAUGUUUUUAUUAAACUGAACAACUAGUAUGUGGAUGUAUUCAUUUGACACUAAAUUUAAAAUAUAGAUGCAAGCGGCAAUUACAGGGCCAGGCCCUAAAGCCAUUUUCUAAGCACAAUGCAAAGAACUCUGG